CCUACCUGCUAUUUGUGUCACAAGCACUUCCUGUAAUGUUUAACUGGCAGUUGUUUGAUAGCGCUAGAGCCAAAUAUCUGAAGAUGCUCCAGAGAUGAGUACCAUUCUCUUCUCCUCCCUGCUGCUGUCUGUGGUGUUGGCCUCAGCGCCACCAACCCUUGAUACUGACGAGGAUCUGCAGAAGACCGGCUUCGGUCGUCCUCCCCCUCGCCAUGGCCUCAGGCUGCUAAAGUGGUACGUUAAAGCGUGCCUGGAUAACAACAUGGAGGCUCUGUGCGACCCCGUCGCCGGAGAAUACGGAUUCCACCCGUUUGGCAACGAGGAGGACCUGCUGCCCAGGCUUCCAGACGGGCAGCCAUUGGGAUACUUCACCAUCGGCAACCUCCACUCACCCCACGCAGAGGACCUGCCGUAUGAUGUGAGGAAGGACUACGACCCCAAUGACCCUCUGAGCAACGAGGACAGAGUACUGGUCAAGUACAACGAGAACACCCAGCAUGUCUCUGACAUCUUCAUCUCCGAGCAUUACAACAAGACUAGGACCUACAUCAUCGGCCCCAAACUCCUUGCCUUCCUCAGGCAGCUAACGCACCACUUUUACAUAGAAAUGUGACGUGUUAGCUCUAGGUUAUGUUUAACUGCAUUUUCUUUGUCUGUGUGAAGCUUUUAACAUUCAUAAUCAAUUCGGAAUCAUUUGCUGAACUCAUCAGUUUUUCAAUUUAAUUGUUUCAUAAAUGCACAAAUUUUAAGAUCACAUAUGCAAUGAAAAACUUUAAAGGGAACGUUUUAGGGGAACAGACUUUAUUUUUGUUUGCGCUCGUUAAAAGUAACACAUGAACAGCUGGUGCGCUAGAUGAGUGAGGCUCAGCUUCAUUUUAGGAUCUUUGUGGUGAUUGGUUUGGAAAUGAAACUCAGAUGCCUGAAAAACCAAUACCAUUGUUUUGCUACCUUAUUCCGUAAUGGGUAAUAGCGUAUAAUCAUUUUAAGCAAUAACAAUUUGAAAAAUACAAAUCCUCACAUACACUGACAAGUGUUUGUGCUUUUAUUUAUGCAGUUAUAUACAUAUCUGUAUAUUCCUUUAUCAACCAUUCAACUAACAGAGUUCAAUGUGAUAUUAUUAGAAAUGUAUAUGAAAUGAUGGUUUUGUAGUACAUCAUAUGUAUUUCCAUUGGUUUCAGACGAACUGGGAACAGAUUGAGAGGAAAUGAUACGAAAAAGAACAGUAAUAAUACAAAUGUAUUGCAUUAAUAAAGCACUUGUUGAUGCACUCUGGUCGCAUUAUUAAUAU